UCAGCCUAUCUUCUCUCUUUCAAUUCAGUCCUCCAAAUCCAAAUCCCUAAUCUUCAUCGUCUAAUCUCAACGUCCUCCUUCCUCAUCUCUCUCUCUUUUGGUCGUCUUACUCAGACCAGCUAAGGUACUGUGAUUCUCUCGCUCUUUCAUUGCUUCCCAUUUAAGUUUCUGUUAAACUGCAGCUAUGAGGUUUUACCGGGAAAGUAGCGUAAAAUUGGAGAAGAUUCGGUCAAAAUCGGCGACUUGCUAAAAUAUCACCAGCCAAGCUCCAAUAAUUUCGGACAGAUUAUUCGCUGACCUUCUGUCUCCCCAUAUUCCUAGGGUUUCGUAUUCCAUCUCUCUCCCUCUAUCAAAAAUCCACAUUGUCGCUUCCCUCCCUUUCUCCCCUCUCGCCGGUCGGUGAAUUUUCCCGGAAAAUUUCGUAUUUUCCGAAAAUAAUCCCGACCCGCGACUGAUCCCCCCUCCCCUUCCCCUGAAUUCCUCUUCCCCCAAUUUUGAAUCAUCUUCCUCGUGAAGAUUUUGAUUAAUCGGAAUAUCUAUUUGCUUUGGGUUGACAUUGCUUUGGCGAUCGUCAAACUUUUCAGGGAGCUUGAAGGAAAAGAGAAGGGAGAAUCGCCGCCAAUUUGUUAAUUACAUGGCGAGUCAAGGCGGCUCUUCGAGGAAAAGUUUGACGUUCUCCAGCGCCUCUGUGAACGGCCGGAGGAAAUCCACUACUGACAUUGGAGCUACUGGUGACCCAUCGCGCAAAUCAAUCGUCAUUUCUCGUCCUGUAGGUUUAACCGGAGAGCGUACUGUUAAGCGAUUGCGUUUGUCAAAGGCUUUAACGGUACCUGAAACUACAAGUAUAUAUGAUGCCUGCCGACGUAUGGCUGCCCGAAGAGUUGAUGCAUUAUUGCUGACCGAUUCAAAUGCACUGCUCUGUGGAAUCCUUACGGACAAGGACAUAGCGACAAGGGUCAUUGCUCGGGAGAUCAAUCUCGAGGAGACUCCAGUUUCUAAAGUAAUGACCAGGAACCCGGUUUUUGUUCUCUCUGACACUCUGGCUGUGGAAGCUUUGCAGAAAAUGGUGCAAGGGAAAUUCAGACAUUUGCCUGUUGUAGAAAACGGGGAGGUUGUCGCUUUACUUGAUAUAGCCAAGUGUUUAUAUGAUGCUAUUGCCCGUAUGGAAAGGGCUGCUGAAAAGGGGAAGGCGAUUGCUGCGGCUGUUGAAGGUGUUGAGAAAAAUUGGGGUGCUUCUGUUUCUGGACAAAAUUCUUUUAUCGAGACACUUCGGGAACGGAUGUUCAGGCCUUCCUUAUCAACAAUAGUUCCAGAAAAUUCAAAGGUUGUAACAGUUUCACCGACUGAAACAGUUUUGACAGUGACAAAGAAGAUGCUUGAAUCUCGGUCAAGCUGUGCUGUGGUGAUAGUUGAUAAUAAACCACGCGGAAUUCUUACUUCAAAAGACAUCUUGAUGAGGGUGAUUGCACAAAAUCAUGCCCCAGAUUCCACCCUUGUUGAAAAGGUCAUGACUCCUAAUCCUGAGUGUGCAACGACUGAUACACCAAUUGUUGAUGCCUUGCAUACGAUGCACGAUGGAAAGUUUUUGCAUCUUCCUGUUGUGGAUAAGGAUGGUGUUGUAGUUGCUGUUAUAGAUGUGAUUCACAUAACUCAUGCUGCUGUGGCCACGGCUGGGAAUGCCGGGGCAGUAAGUAAUGAGGCCACGAGCACAAUGAUGCAGAAGUUUUGGGAUUCUGCAAUGGCAUUAAGUCCUCAUGAUGACGAUGAUGAGUCUCGGAGCGAGGGAUCGUUGAAACUGAAUUCUGAAGGAACAGAGUCUGGAAGAACCCUUCCCUAUCCAUCAUCGUCAGUGCCAAAUACCUUUUCUUUCAAGAUUGAAGAUAAACGAGGAAGGAUGCACAGAUUUACAUGUGAAACUCGAAGUUUGACGGAUCUAAUAACAGCGAUUCUUCAACGGAUUGGGAAUGAUAUCGACCGCAAUAACUUGCCUCAAAUUUUGUAUGAAGAUGAAGACCAUGACAAAGUUGUUAUCGAGUGCGACAAUGAUCUAUCAACUGCCGUAGAGCAUGCGAGAGUAACCGGUUUAAAGGGUUUGAAAUUGCAUUUAGACUAUUCGGGAGUGAAGGGUCAUAGAAGAGGGAGGGGGAUGCAGCAGUCUAGUUCAGGAAGUUUAGAUUACGCACAAGGAGAUGCGUGGGCAACUGCUUAUAGUACAGUGGCAGCAGGUGCAGCAUUGGUUGCUGGGUUAGGGUUUUUUGCUUAUUUGAAGAGAUCUGGUAAUUAAUACACACGCAUACACUUAUCAAUACCAGCUAAAUGAUUUUGUGUUUAGUUGAUAGCCAGUUUGGUGUACUCUGAAUCUUGAACUAGCCUGAUAAAAGAGGGAAACCGGGAGUGUUGGAAGGGCAAUACUUCUUGGAAGGGAGGAUUCAUGGAUGGUUUUUUGUAAACAUAUUGGCCAAUGAAAUAGUGAUUUUGGGUGCUUGCUAACAGUCUUCUUCUUUGCUACUGUGUAAGCACUGAUAGUUUGAAAAAAAAAAAAUGUUCAAUGAAGCUAAAUCAAUUUUGCAAGGAAGCUAAAUAAGAAUGGAUCAUAAUAUUAAAACCAACCGUUGAUG